CACAACAUAAAGAGAGUGAGAUAGGGUUUUAAAACUUGGUGGUACAUUAAGAGAGAGCACAACAACAAAGCAUAUAUUUUUUGAAGAAGCACUAACUCUUUGGCUUUAGUGAUGGCUUUCACACUAGAGAGAUGUGAAGAUAACAACAUGAUUUUCACUAUGGAUUCUCAAAAAACAGUACCUGCUCCAUUCUUAACAAAAACAUACCAACUUGUUGAUGAUCCUCUCACUGACCAUAUUGUCUCUUGGAGUGAAGAUGAAUCUACAUUUGUUGUUUGGAGACCUCCUGAGUUUGCUAGAGAUCUUCUUCCCAAUUUUUUCAAACACAACAACUUCUCAAGCUUUGUUAGGCAACUAAAUACCUAUGGUUUCAAGAAGGUGGUUGCAGAUAGAUGGGAGUUUGCAAACGAAUACUUCAAAAAAGGAGAAAAACAUCUCCUAUGCGAAAUCCACAGAAGAAAAACAUCUCAAAACUACCAACAACAAUACUAUGAACAAUCACCACAAAUCCUCCAACAAGAUGAACUCAUCUCUUGGAUUGACAACACUCCAUUACCACAACAAUCUCCCAAACCAAACACCGAUAUCUUAACCGCGCUUUCCGAGGACAAUCAAAGACUAAGAAGAAAGAACCUAAUGCUAUUAUCAGAACUCACUCACAUGAAGAAUCUCUACAAUGACAUCAUAUAUUUCAUUCAAAACCAUGUCACUCCCGCAACAUCAUUUGAACAAAGAACCAACAAUAGUGCUGCCAUAUUGAAGCUUGUUGAAUUGGAUUCAUCGGUAUCGCAAUUGAAAAAUGAUAAUGAUGUUGUUAAGGAUUGUAAUGGCUCUUAUGUGAAGCUCUUUGGUGUUCCACUUUGUGGAAAAAAGAGAUUGCAUCCAUGAAAUGUUGGUUGAUGAGAAUAGUUAGUGUAAUGUUUCAGAGCUAAUUCAUGAUGAUCAUGUUAAGGUUUGUAAUGGAUUGCUUUGAUUGGUUUUUGUUGAGAUUUGAAGAGAGUUUUGUUUUCAUGUAUAGUUGAGGAUGAUAUUUAGAUUAGUUUGAUUUUGUUGUUUCUAUGAAAUUUUUCAUUAGUUUGAUCAA